UUGCGCAUGUAUUGGUAAAAAGGAGUGUGUUCACACAUAGACUUUUUCCUCUUACCCUAGUAUUCACUCCAUGACCUCAUGAAAGGUGUGCCAUUUAGCUGGACAGCCAAUCAGAGGUCAGCUGUCUGAAUUUAUGCCAGGGAUUUUUAAGGUUUACAAGACUUCAUUUGUGGUGGCAAAAUCCAGUUUUUUUCAAUCCUUAAAAAACCCUAGUGAGACAAGAUGCCCUAUAUGCCGGCUGGUUACUUUUGCGACCGGUUAAUCCGGGAGAGGGAGAGAAGGGAUGGAGAAGGAUCACUUAGCAAACCCAUCCUCUUCAGUGAUCAGGACUACAACACCCUUAGGCAAGAGUAUCUCCAGAAGAAGACCCUUUUCGAGGAUGAAACCUUCCCUGCAACUGUGGACUCCCUCGGCUACAAAGAGCUGGGCCACAAGUCCAACAAAGUCAAGAACAUCGUCUGGAAGCGGCCCAAGGAGAUAUGUGAUAACCCACAGUUCAUUGUCGGAGGCGCUAACAGGACAGAUAUCUGCCAGGGAGACCUUGGUGACUGCUGGUUGCUUGCUGCCAUUGCAUCUCUAACUCUAAAUGAGAAGCUGCUAUAUCGUGUUAUUCCUCAAGAGCAGAGCUUCUCUGAUGGUUAUGCUGGAAUUUUCCAUUUCCAAUUCUGGCGUUAUGGAGACUGGGUGGAUGUUGUUGUUGAUGACCGCAUUCCCACCUUCAACAACCAGUUGGUGUUCACCAAGUCUGCUGAGAGGAAUGAAUUCUGGAGCGCUCUCCUGGAAAAAGCUUAUGCCAAGCUUCAUGGUUCCUACGAGGCUCUUAAGGGUGGAAACACUGCUGAGGGAAUGGAGGACUUCACUGGAGGUGUGACUGAAUUCUAUGAGAUGAAGGAGGCACCCAAAGAGCUGUAUAAGAUCAUGAAGAAAGCUCUGGAGAGAGGAUCCCUCAUGGGAUGCUCCAUUGAUUCCCUGGUUCCAGCCCGCUUUGAAACCCGUACUGCAACAGGUCUUGUGAAGGGACAUGCCUACUCCGUGACUGCUGUAGAGGAGUGUAAACAGUCCCAGCAGAACAAGUCUAAAGUACGUCUGGUGCGUCUGCGAAACCCCUGGGGCCAAGUGGAAUGGAAUGGACCCUGGAGUGAUAAUUCAAAAGAGUGGGAAACCAUCUCUAAAGCUGAAAAAGAGAAACUCCAGCAACAGAAUGCCGAAGAUGGAGAGUUCUGGAUGGCAUUUGAGGACUUUAAGAAAAAUUACACCAAGAUUGAGAUUUGCAACCUGACCCCUGACGCUCUGGAAGACGAUAAGUUACACAAGUGGACGGUGUCAGUUAAUGAGGGACGCUGGAUAAGAGGCUGCUCUGCUGGAGGCUGCAGGAAUUAUCCAGACACAUUUUGGACAAACCCACAAUACCGCCUGCGUCUCCUGGAGGAAGAUGAUGACCCAGAGGAUGAUGAAGUGACCUGCACUUUUGUUGUUGCUCUGAUGCAGAAAAACAGACGUAGAGAACGCAAGUUGGGUGCAAAUCUCUUCACUAUUGGAUUUUCCAUCUAUGAGGUGCCAAAGGAGAUGCAUGGAAACAAGCAGCACAUGCAGAAGGAGUUCUUCAUUUCUAACUCCUCUAAAGCUCGUUCCAGAGCCUACAUUAACUUGCGAGAGGUGACCCAGCGUUUCCGUCUGAGUCCUGGCGAGUAUGUCAUCGUUCCCUCCACCUAUGAGCCCCACCAAGAGGGCGAGUUCAUCCUCCGUGUCUUCUCUGACAAGAGGAACACCUCUGAGGAGAUAGAGAACAGGAUUGAGGCUGAUCAUCCAGUGCCGGCUCCAGCUUCCACUGGGGAAGAGAGCGAGGAGGACCAGCAGUUCCUGUCCAUUUUCCAGCAGAUUGCGGGGGACGUGAGUACUGGGGAGCCAGUAAGCGCUGGGGGGAGUCAAAUGGAGAUCUCAGCCAAUGAGCUCAGAGAUGUCUUGAACAAAGUGGUGUCUAAAAACAAGAACAUUCACAUUGAGGGCUUCAGUCGAGAGAACUGUAGAAGUAUGAUCGCCCUCAUGGACAUGGAUGGGACAGGCAGACUUAACCUUCAAGAGUUCAGACACUUGUGGAACAAAAUUAAACAGUGGCAGGGAAUCUUUAAGCGCUAUGACUUUGAUCAUACUGGCACAAUCAGUAGCUAUGAGAUGAGGAAUGCCAUCAACGAUGCAGGGUUCCGUCUGAAUAACCAGCUGUAUGACAUCAUCACCUUGCGCUAUGCCAAUGAAAACAUGAAAGUCGACUUCGACAGUUUCAUCAGCUGUCUUGUGCGACUGGAGGGGAUGUUCAGAGCAUUCCAGGCCUUUGAUCAAGAUGGAGAUGGAACCAUCAGACUUAAUGUACUGGAGUGGCUCCAGCUAACCAUGUACGCAUAGACCACCUAUGGAUCCAGGUGAACCCAAGCUCUGCAAGGACCAGAACUACCAGCUUUUACCUCAACACUCAAUGUGCCAGACUACUGUUACCUCUUUCUCUGUACCUCAGCCCACCUUCACCACCAGCUCUAUACAACACAACUGUCUCAAAUCUCAUACAUGAUUACUCAUCUUUGUUAAAAAAUUCUGGGAUGGAAAGAUGGGUGAAACCAACAUGGCUGAUUAAUAGACCGGUCCAUUAUUUUACCUUCAUGUACUAUCCAAUUUUCAGUCUCACCAAAGGUUAUGUUGGUAAUCCUGAUGGUUCAUCUAGCAUUGGUUUAGGGGUGCAUUAGCUUAUUCCCUUCAUCUGUCCUUCUUGCUCUUUGGCAUCUUUUUCUUAGGCAUAAAACACAUGGAAUCUCUUUUUGCGAAAAAAUUAAAUAAAAAUAUACAGUGCCUCAGAGACAACUUUUCGUCAUACUACAACUAUAUCUGAAUCACUUUUCUUGAAAAAUAUUGUCUUUGCUUCUUUACUCAGACAUGACCUACUUGCAUCCCACCUUCCCAUUUUGAUUGGUAAUGACAAAAUUCAAAAAAACCUUAGAACACAUAUGGACCAUGUAUAUGGUUCUGUCGCAAAAGCAGCUUGUUUUCAAGCUGUUUAGCUGUUUCAGUAUGAACUCCCCAUUCUUGGUUCAAAUCCUGGAUGUUUCUAGAGAUGUGUUACAAUUUUGUUAUAAAGUUAAUGUGAUGGGAAAUAUGAAACAGGAAGAGCCAAAUAAGGAAGGAGAACCGUCAAGAACUGCUGGAGGAGAAUCAUCAGGAAACAGCACAGAACUUAUGACUAUCUGAUGGAUGGCAGUGUUCAGGGUCUUUGUUUCAUACUGUGGGCUUAGACAUGGGUUGAACUUUUUUGUGCUUGCUCUAUUUAACGUUUUGUUUAAAUGGGUAUCCUUGCUUCUUCACCAGUUUAAAUAAAUAAUUGUGUAGUUCUUGGUUUAAAUGCUUUCCCAGGAAAAAA